GGAAGCGGGCUGGGGGUGACCUCACCCUCCAUCAUGGCGGCGGCAGUAGGUUAGGGCCGUGGGUCGAAGCAGGCACCGCCGCUGGGGGACCCUGUCGGAAGCAACUGCCGCCGCCGCCGCCGCCUCUUGCAUCUCCUCUGGGGCAGGGGCCAGGGCCAGAUUACAUCAGUAUUCCACAACAGAAACGUUUUUAAUAAUAAAAAUCUGGCUCCUAUUCUGCUAAGAAAGUAGUUAUUCUUGUCUCAUAUCCCUCCACUGAGAAUCGCAGAUACAGGUUUUACAUCUGAAAGUAGACCCCUUUGGAGUUCUGCCAGCCACCUCAAUGGCGUCCUCUGCUGCUGUGCCUCCAGGAUUUCACUAUGAAACAAAGUAUGUUGUUCUCAGCUACUUGGGACUCCUCUCUCAGGAGAAGCUGCAGGAGCAGCAUCUUUCCUCAACCCAAGGGCUUCAACUAGACAUAUCCUCACAAUCUUUGGAUCAAGAAAUUCUAUUAAAAAUUAAAACUGAAAUUGAAGAAGAGCUGAAAUCUUUGGACAAAGAAAUUUCUGAAGCCUUCACCAGCACAGGCUUUGAUCGUCACACUUCCCCAGUGUUCAGCCCUGCAAACCCAGAAAGCUCAAUAGAAGACUGCUUGGCCCAUCUUGGAGAAAAAGUGUCUCGAGAACUCAAAGAGCCUCUGCAGAAAGCAGUGCGCAUGCUCCUGAGCCAGCCAAUGACCUAUCAGGGAUUCCGGAAUUGCACACUGGAGACCGCAGUUCAUGCCAACGGCUGGAACAAGAUUUUGGUGCCUCUGGUUUUACUGCGGCAAACACUUUUGGAGUUGACAAGACGUGGUCAAGAACCCUUGAGUGCACUGCUACAGUUUGGCGUGACAUAUCUGGAGGACCAUGCAGCUGAGUACAUCAUUCAGCAUGGCGGCUGGGGGGCUGUUUUUAGUCUGGAGCCAGAGGACGAGGAAGACCCUGGAGUCACUGCGGAAGACAGCAAUGACAUUUAUAUCCUGCCCAGUGACAACUCGGGACAAGUCAGUCCUCCAGAGUCUCCCACUGUGACCACUUCUUGGCAGUCCGAGAGCUUACCUGUCUCGCUGUCAGCCAGCCAGAGCUGGCACACGGAAAGCCUGCCGGUGUCCCUCGGUCCCGAGUCCUGGCAGCAGAUCGCAAUGGAUCCUGAAGAAGUGAAAAGCUUGGACAGCAAUGGAGCGGGAGAGAAGAGUGAGAACAACUCCUCCAAUUCUGACAUCGUGCACGUGGAGAAAGAAGAAAUCCCUGAGGGCAUGGAGGAGGCUGCUGCCGGGCUGCAGGCAGCAUUCCCCGAGACCCCUGAGCCUCUGCUUCCACAUAGCACUGCCACUACCCUGCUGCAGACUGCGGAAGCCCACCCAGGAAUGGCUGCAGCUGAGAAAACCAGCCCCGCCACAUCUUUAUUUGUGGAGUUUGAUGAAGAAGAGGUGAGAGCUGCCACCACGGAGCCGGGUCAACUCGGGGCGGGGGCAGAAGUGGAGUUGGGCCCCGCCCUGGAGCCCACCCCGACCCCACUGAGCGCCCUUGAGAGCAGAAUCAGGAAAGAGGCUCUGACUGAAGAGCUGUCCGGGGCUGCAGAUGAGAAAGCCAUGUCGCUGUCAGAGGGCAAGUCCAUACUGCUGUUUGGAGGGGCUGCUGCGAUGGCCAUCCUCGCGGUGGCAGUUGGGGUGACACUGGCUCUGAGAAAGAAAUAGCCGGUUUUUCAGAAGAGAAAGAAGACAAAAGGGCUCAAUGUUUUUGUGCACUGGCUGGAACUUGACCCACUGGUGGCUGCCUGGAGGGACACUUGUAGAACCUGGGUCACCUAGGGCUUCCAUUCAACAAAGUCCUGGAUGGAGCCACACCCAAGGGCAAAGGGAGUUUGGCAUUCGAUUACGCAUCCCCGGGGCUGUGGGCUCCUGCUGGCUUCAGACCCUUGGCAGUGCAAUGUUCCUGGUGAGCAGGGCUCCCUGGCCGUGGCGGGAAUGGCGUUUUCACAGUUCCUUGUGAGAGGCUGUCUGUGCAUUAUAGGAUAUUGAGCAACUUCCUGGCCUUACCCACCACUAAUGCCAGUAACACAGCCCCCCCCCCCCAACUCCUUAGUUAUGGCAACCAAAAAUAUCUCCAGACAUUGCCAAAUGUCCCCUGGGGGGCAGGAGUCCCUGCCAGUUCGGGAGGGAGAGGGUGCAGGUGGAGGGUAGGAGGA